UCUCCGGCACUCCACGUGUUCGGGUUAUGAUCGCAUAACCUCUGCCAAUCCCUACCGUCGAAUAAUUUCCUCAGUCAAAACAAUUACGAUAAUUACAUCCUAACCGUCGGUUUUACUCGCCCCAGAGCUAUCUACCGUGGACCCUCAGACUAUCGGAAAUACCUUCCUCUUCCUCAAAUCAAAUCCCCCAUCUGAGAAUCAUCGCCGAAACCUUCAGAGCUCGAUCAGUCUUCCAAAUACGUGCUGUUAUGGCACCCCUUAAGGGCAUUCUUACACUUCAUAGGAUGGCUUUGGUUCAGCGUCUCAGCGAGAGCUGGGUGCCAGGCAGCAGAUUAUUUAGCACCCAAGGUGCAACAGCUGCUAGCACCCCACAGCCUCCCCCACCUCCCCCACCUCCUGAGAAAACCCAUUUUGGUGGCCUGAAGGAUGUAGACCGCAUUUUCACCAAUGUGUAUGGUUUGCAUGAUCCUUUUCUUAAAGGGGCCAUGAAACGGGGUGACUGGUAUAGAACCAAAGACCUAGUACUCAAGGGUGCUGAUUGGAUCGUUAAUGAAAUGAAGAAGUCUGGCUUACGUGGACGCGGUGGUGCUGGUUUUCCAUCCGGUCUCAAAUGGUCCUUCAUGCCAAAAGUAUCUGACGGACGCCCUUCUUAUCUUGUUGUUAAUGCUGAUGAAAGUGAACCCGGAACUUGUAAAGAUAGGGAAAUAAUGCGUCAUGAUCCACACAAACUACUAGAAGGAUGCCUAAUAGCCGGUGUGGGAAUGAGGGCUACUGCUGCUUAUAUCUACAUCAGGGGCGAGUAUGUUAAUGAACGCAAGAACCUCGAGAAGGCCCUGAAAGAAGCUUAUGAAUCAGGACUGUUGGGAAAAAAUGCAUGUGGAUCUGGUUAUGAUUUUGACGUGCAUAUCCACUAUGGUGCUGGCGCUUAUAUCUGUGGUGAAGAGACAGCACUUUUGGAAAGCCUUGAGGGGAAACAAGGGAAGCCCAGAUUGAAGCCACCCUUCCCAGCAAACGCAGGGCUAUACGGUUGUCCCACAACCGUUACAAAUGUUGAAACGGUUGCUGUUUCUCCUACCAUUUUAAGGCGUGGGCCAGAGUGGUUUGCUAGUUUUGGCAGAAAGAACAACUCAGGUACAAAGCUAUUUUGUGUAUCGGGUCAUGUGAACAAACCGUGCACAGUUGAAGAGGAGAUGAGUAUUCCGUUGAAAGAGCUGAUAGAGAGGCACUGUGGGGGUGUUAGAGGUGGAUGGGACAAUUUACUUGCAGUAAUCCCGGGGGGUUCAUCUGUGCCGUUGCUUCCUAAGGACAUAUGUGAUGAUGUGAUGAUGGACUACGAUGCGCUCAAGGCCGUCCAAUCAGGAUUAGGGACUGCGGCUGUGAUCGUGAUGGACAAGUCAACCGAUGUUGUGGACGCAAUCUCGAGGCUCUCCUAUUUUUACAAGCAUGAGAGCUGUGGUCAGUGUACGCCCUGUAGGGAAGGUACAGGGUGGCUUUGGAUGAUUAUGGAGAGGUUGAAAGUUGGAAACGCUAAGUUGGAGGAGAUUGACAUGCUUCAGGAGGUGACAAAACAGAUUGAAGGGCAUACCAUAUGUGCACUGGGUGAUGCUGCUGCUUGGCCUGUUCAGGGUCUUAUUAGGCAUUUCAGGCCAGAGCUUGAGAGGAGGAUUAAGGAGCGUGCAGAGAGGGAGUUACUGGAGGCUGCUGCUUGAGUCCUGAAUUCAGGGAAACACCUUUGGUGCUGGACUGUAGAAUAAAGAAGGGAAAAGGGAAGUACUCCAAACAAUAGAAUUUCACAGGCAGCUGGCUGUCCUAGUGAGUGGCAUGUUUAUUUUUAUGAUUUUGUAUCCGUAAUGAUUGCACCAGAGAUGCUGUAACUCCUCCCCAAUUUGUGUGGGUCUUGAAUUUUUAUUGUCAAUUCUUCUAUUGGGUAAAAAAUAUCUACUUCCCCCUUAAAA